UCAUGUGAGCUCAUAUGAGGUUUCGGGUAUUGCUGUUUGUCUGUAGCCACUUCCUCUUUGGUUGCCGCAAUGUCAUUUGCAUUUUUUUUCUUCCCAUUUCUAAUGCGAUUGUCCUCUUGUCUGGAUCUCAGGAUUCGCUUUGGAGUCUUCAUGAUCUUCAGUUGUCAGGAUGAAGUGGUGGCUCCUUGUUUGGCUGCUUCCGCUUUUGGCGCGUUGUGAUGGAGAUCCUCAGAACAGUAAAGAUACGUUUAGAGGGGACAAUCCGAAUUCAAGUGAUGGUCGGGAUGAGAAGGAGGCUUUGGAAACAUAUUGUGACAAUGGAGACAUCUACCAAAGUUGCAAGGUUUCUGGCCCCAGAAGAGGCUUAGCGGAUGCUGAAUGUUGCAUGGCGCAAGUCAACACAAUCCUGGGCAGCAGAAAACCCAACAUUGACUUUGAAGCAAUUGAGCGUCUGGAGCAGUCGCUGGAGCAGAUUGAGGUGAACGAGACCACGUCCAUAAGCGUGGGUCAGCUGGUCGCCCUCCUGCUCAAACCCGGUGGAGGCCGCGCCGGCCUGCACAUCUCUGCUAGCGACAACCAUGCCGUAGCGGGCGCGGCCAUCUAUAACAGCAGAGUCAACAUCCGGCUGCCCGGAGACUUCCUGUCCAGCUUGAGCGACACCAUGUUAUUCUGCAUGGUCACCUGGCCUCGAUCCAUAUGGAAUGUCACCUCAGAGGAAGUCUACCAGAACAGGCUGCUCGGCUUGAGCGUGCGCGGAAAAAGCAUUUCAGGACUCCGGGAGCGAGUGAACAUCACCGUCAAUAUGGUUACUGUCAACGAAACGCAAAGCCCCAGAUGCGUCUUCUUGAAUUUCUCCAGCAAAUCAUUCAGCAGCAGCGGCUGUUGGACCAUCUGGGAACCCGGACAGAGUAACGUGACCUGCUCCUGCGACCACCUGACCUACUUUGGCAUCCUCUUGGUGUCCGCUCCCCUCUCGGACACCGACGAGGCGGUGCUGACGUACCUCUCUGUGAUUGGCUGCAGCCUCUCUCUCGUGGCCCUCGUCACCACGCUGCUGCUCUUUGUCGUCAAAAGGAAGCUCCGCGAGGACGUGUCGAUGAAGGUGCACGCCAACCUGGCCGUGGCGCUGAUCCUGCUCAACGCGCACUUCCUGUCCAGCCACGCGGCGGCUUUGUCGUCCGACUCCACGUGCUUUUACAUGGCCCUGGCGCUGCACUACUCCCUGCUGGCCACCUUCAGCUGGAUGGCGCUAGAGAGCUUCCACCUCUACCUGCUCCUCGUGCGCGUCUUCAACAUCUACAUCCGCAGAUACAUGCUCAAGCUCGGCCUGGCCGGAUGGAGUCUCCCCGCCGCCAUCGUGACCGUGGCGGUCUUCACGGAGCCCGGCGCUUACGGUCGCGUGGCCCUGGACAGCGCCGAUCUCAACAGCACUCAAAUAUGCUACCUGCGGGAGAGCGCGCUGAAGAUGGCGAGCACGCUGGGCGUGUUCGCCGUCGUGUUUGCCUUCAAUCUCGUCAUGUUGCUGGUGACCGUCCAACGUUUGAUUGGCCUCCCGCACAGGAAACGGUUCGGGCAGGGCGAGCGGGGGCGAGCCAUGCAGAACAUCGGCACGCUGCUGGGAGUCAGCACUUUGCUGGGCAUCACCUGGGGCCUGGUCUUCUUCUCCUUCGGCCACCUGAGCACGGUGGGCCAAUACCUCUUCUGCAUUCUCAACUCGCUGCAAGGUUUCUUCAUCUUCUUGUGGUUCGUCUUGUCUUGGAGAAAGUCAGGAGCCUCGACGGCCAGCAGUAAAACGCCAAGCUGCAGCGGCUAAGCCGUCAGAGACCCUCCAUGACUAAUAAAUCCUAUUCUUGCUCUUUUUAAAA